AGUUUUAGCCAAUUAGGCAUUAAUUUGCACUAAAACAAAGCCAACCGUGCCAAAAUUUAUGUGAACAGUAAGUUUGUAAGCAUUAAAUGAAAGGACUUUAAAAACUUGAGCUUGAGAUCAGGGAAGUUCCUGUUGUGGGAAAAGCUUCUGUGUAUCUUUCUAAUUUUUAUUAAAUCCCUCAUCAGCAAUACAGUAAUAGUCACUAAUGACUCUUACACAGGGGAUCAUUUUUAGCUAUCCACGUUCUGUGACAUGGUGGUAAAAAUGUCAGUGGCUGCGUACCGAGAGCUCCUGUUAUUGGAGUCGUGUUAUAUUCUAGAAGAAUCCUAUGCAGAAAAUACAGCGCUGUCGUUUUACCAGCUGGCCAUACAGACACCAAUUUCUGCUUGGAAAUCUGGUCAGAGGUUGGCGAUGUGAGCGCAGUAACUGGGCUGAAGAUUGAGAUUUAAACCAAUGCAUACCUUUCUGGUAAUGUCAGGCUGCCGUUUAAAGAGCUGUUCUGUGCAAAGAGGGCAUAACAGUUCCGUGCUUACCUUUCAAUUUUAAAUUCAUUGCAGAAAAUGUGUUUGUAAAGCUGAUAGAGUGCUUCGUAUUGGAUUUUAAAUAGAUGUAGUCGGAGUUAUGAAACUGAAAUAAGGUUUCAAAUGUCUUACUGCUGUACUCCUUGUUUUGUUUCAGAAUUAAUCAGAUACAAGUUAGAGAAAGCUUCCAGAAUCUGAACAGAUGAAGAUCAAUUGAUAAAUCAACCCAGUGAUUCGCCACAAUUUCAAGCAGCGGAAAGAAUGUCGGCGCGGGCCGCGGGUGACGUCAGAAGGGAGCAGCGCAGAGCGGCGGCGGCCAGGCAGCGGCAGCGGCGGCCCCGGCACGGCGAGGGAGGCGCAGGCGGAGGAGGCGGGAGCGGCGCCGGCCCCGCCGCCACCGCAGCGGCAAUGGCGGCCGUCGGGGAGCGCAGGUCCCUGCCCAGCCCCGAGGCGAUGCUGGGGCAGCCCUGGAGCCACUGGGUCGACGCCGCUAAACUUCACGGGAACGACGGAACUGCACUAGAAGAAAGUUUCAAGGAAUACGGGAAAAAUCGAGAAGCGAUGCGACUCUGCCGAGAAGAUAUGCCAAUAUUUGGUCUUUGCCCGGCUCAUGAUGAUUUCUAUUUGGUGAUGUGUAACCACUGUAAUCAGGUCGUAAAACCACAGGCAUUUCAAUCACAUUAUGAAAGAAGACACAGCUCCUCCAGCAAGCCGCCUUUGACUCCUCCCUCCUCUUCAGUAUUUUCCCUCAUUUCAUCUUUCCCUUCAAAAAACAAAGGUAGCGGCGGAAGUGGGAGCAAUCGUUCAUCCAGUGGAGGUACUAGUGCAUCAUCAUCAUCAUCAUCAAGUUCCAAGUUGUUGAAAUCACCCAAAGACAAGCUGCAGAUCAGCGGAAACAACAGGUUAAUGCAUCCGGUACAGCAUAGCAAAGUUCCCCAUGAUAAAAUUAUGACUCCAUCUGUCAAAGUGGAAAAGAUUCAUCCAAAGAUAGAUGGUGCCCAACUGAAAGCUGCUGUUGGUCCAACUUGUUCUACUACUGUGAGUUCCUCAAUAAAGACUGGCCUUAAUUGUCCCUCAAUACCAAAGCCACCCUUGCCUUCCCCUGGACAGAUACUGAAUGGUAAAGGUCUUCUCUCUGUGCCUCCAUUUUUGGAAAAGAAACCUGAAGAAAAUACAAAUAAUAGGAAAUUUUUACAUAAAAGAUUGUCAGAGAGAGAAUUUGAUCCUGAUAUAUACUGUGGUGUCAUUGAUGUGGAAACCAAGAAACCCUGUACUAGGUCUUUGACCUGCAAGACACAUUCCUUAACGCAGCGGAGGGCUGUACAGGGUCGAAGAAAACGAUUUGAUGUGUUGUUAGCUGAGCACAAAAGCAAAACCAGGGAAAAGGAACUUCUUCGACAUUCGGAUCAUCAUCAGCAGAUGCCCCCUCUCAGGGAACCACAUCCCUCACCUACUAAAACUUCCCAGGAGCUGCACCAAAAUUCUCAUGGAGUUACUCUUACAGAAUCAAAGCCUUUAUUACCUAAUAAACCCAAACCUCACCCCCCCAGUCUUCCAAGGGGCACAACACCUCCUGUCCUUCCCCUAAGUAGGCCUCCAGGCUGUCCAGCCCAGCACAGUGGAAAUGCCCCCAGCGAUUCUCCUUCAGUCCACGAGUCCCCUCACCCUCCCUUGCCUGCAGCUGAGCCAGCAUCUCGGUUAUCCAGUGAUGAGGGAGAAUGUGAUGAAAAAGAAGAGCCUGUUGAAAAACUGGAUUGUCAUUAUUCAGGUCAUCAUCCUCAACCAGCCGCUUUUUGCACAUUUGGUAGUCGGCAGAUUGGAAGAGGUUAUUACGUGUUUGAUAAGCGGUGGAACCAUAUUCGAUGUGCACUUAACUUCAUGGUGGAGAAGCAUCUUAAUUCGCAGAUGUGGAAGAAAAUUCCACCAGCAUCUAGUAGCACAGCAGCAGUUCGUGCACCGCACCGGACAAAUGCGAUACCUGCUUCACAGUAUGGGGUCAGCACGACGGGUUUCCUCCUCCCCACCACUGUUAUGUCCUCUCCAGCUCUGGUGUCUCCUUCCUGUACGUCUCUGAACAAUAAAUCGGUACCAUCACAUGGAACUACACUAAAUGCAAAUCCCGCUACCUUGGGUGCAGUGGAUCCUGUCUGCAGUAUGCAAUCAAGACAAGUGUCUUCGUCUCCUUCAACACCUACAGUGCUUUCCUCUGUACCUUCACCUAUGCCCAGCAAACCUCAGAAGUUGAAAUCCAGCAAAUCUUUUAAACCUAAGGAAUCUUCUGCUGGCAGUGGCACCUGUAACAGCACCGGCAGCGUCAGCAGCGGCGGCGGCUCAGGAAAGAAGCGUAAAAACAGUUCCGCACUGCUAGCACCUUCUCAUUCCACAGAGUCCUUUAGAAAAAACUGCGUGGUUAACUCUGGAAACUCUGGGACCUCCUAUCAUCCGUCGGUGACAUCUUCGUCCCACAGCGUUGGCCUCAAUUGUAUGACUAGCAAAGCUAACUCCGUUAGCCUCAAACAUGACCAAUCAGGGAGGGGUCCUCCUACUGGAAGCCCUGCAGAAUCAAUAAAAAGAAUGAGUGUGAUGAUGAACAGCAGCGAUUCCACUCUCUCCUUAGGGCCAUUUGUUCAUCAGUCCAGUGAGCUGACUGUGAACUCGCACAGCGGUUUUUCACAUUCGCAUCCUUCCCUAGACAAACUAAUAGGGAAGAAAAGAAAGUGCCCACCUGGUUCUAGCAGCAUAAACAGCAGCAGCAGCAGCAAGUCAAACAAAGUUGCCAAAUUGCCAUCGGUGAAUAACGUUCACGCAAAACACACUGGUGCAAUCCCAGGGACACAAGGACUGAUGAACAAUUCUCUUCUUCAUCAGGUAGGAACUUUUGUCUUGAAAUAAGCCAGUGCGAACGCGUCUCUCCGUGUGCUGAUAUUUAGAUGUGCUCUGUUAAUUACUGAUAACCAAUUUCAGACGCUUCAAGGAAAAGACAGUCCUCUUACUUGCUCGUUCUCUUUGAGUCUUUUUUUGUAGGACAUUUGUGCAGGAUUUUUACAAACGCUGUAGUAUGAAGUGUGAGUUUGUUUAUGUGUUUUUGAAGCCACCUUGAACACAGCAUCCCAGGCUCCCACAGAUGCUCUUCCUGUCAAUCGCUCUCAGAUGAAAUUCAAUUCUUGCAUUUAAAAACAAAUGAUAGUAAUUAUAAAAUCUUGCAGCCAGCCAUGGGACUGAACUGAAUGUCUCAGCCUAACUUCUUGUUCUCGUGUCAGUAAUAAACACUCUACGAAGUGGAACAUAAUGGUGCUGAUAACAGAACUGUGAUAAAAUAAGCUUAUUAUCCCAAGGUGUCACUGACUAACUUCUUAGUAUUAACGAGAUUAAAUUUUAUAAACAAGAUAGAUAAAAACCUCUGUAGUCUGUUAACAAACAUUGACUAUAAAAGAAGCAGAUCUCAUGGGUAUGUAAUUUUAAAAAAGAAAAAGUUAGUUUGGAGUUUUACUCUUUUGAACAGGUUGCACUGGACUAGAAUUGGGAAAGAAGUUUCUUCAUAAGUUAAAAUGAGCUUAAACUUCUUAAUGCUUCAGAUUGGCUUGAAGGAUCAUUUGGAGGGGUAAAAUAAUUUCAUACGCAAUUAAAAGUGUAGAGAAGAUGGAAUUUUAGAGGGCACAUUUGGAACUAGAUUUUUCCAGAUGAAAACUAAAGGCUCUUUUUGUUUCCUGUGGUACUAAAAGCCUGAGAUCUGAGCGUGCCAAGAGGUAGGAGGUCAGCGAGAUCUUUUUCAGAUCAGCUGCUGAAUUUAGAGUUUCAGCUGUGAAGAAGACUUUCACCACUUGUGUUUAAGAUAACAAACAAUCAUUUAUUUGACUGAACCUUAUUUUUGGGCUUAGCUAACAGUUGUUACUUCAACUGCAAUAAGAAAUAAAGGAAAAAUGCAAUUUGGAGGAAGGAAGUCAUGUCCAAAACCACUCUAACUUGAGAAAGCACUAGCUUGAGCAUUGUGAAGUUUCAGAUGAGCCAACUGCAUAUGAGUGGUGUGUCAGAUUAUGCCUGCUGAUUCUCCCCAGAAUAUGCUCUCAAUAUCCAGAAAAUGUAUUUUAGGAGCUCCUGCUAUAACAGCCUGGCUCACUCAUACUUCUCUCCCAUUUAUUUGCUCAAAAGCCAAAGGCACGUCCCUGAUAGCUGAAUAUACCAUGGUGAGAAAAGAACUGGACAGUUUUCACUACAAGCAAAACCUCCAUCUGGAAUUCUGGACUCCAAGAUGCCUUGAGUUUUCCCAGCUUCCCAUGGUCCUCAGGUGUGGAAAUCUACUGGACUGUCAUUCAAACAAGGAAUUUCCCUGAAGCCAUGUCUGUAGCAGUGAAAAUACUAGAAAUGGACACUGGAUGAAGUUCAGCCACAUAAUUGCUCUUAUCAGUGUUAACGGUGGUCUGGACUAGUUUGCUACAAACCUGUGAGAUUUACUUACAGGAGUACAUCAUCUUGCCACUAUUUGACAUAGAUUGGCUGGGCAAAGGAAUGUUUUCUGGGGGGGAAAUAAACAUGACUGUGGACUUAUUUUUAUACUGAUGGUGUCUUUUGUAGGUGAUAGCUGCCAGGUGGACACUGUCAGCAGAGGGGACCCCACAACAAGGGGCACAAAUGCGUGAGGCACAAUGGAAAGAAGCCCUCGAGAAGGGAAUAUGGCUUUAGUGUUUUUAUAGCAAUGUUCCUUUAAUGGAAUAUAAAAAUAGCACAAUUCAAACAAGCAGUCUGCGUUUUGCCCAGCCUUUUGCAAGUGAUUUGGGGUAAGAAGGUAUCAGGAGUUUAAAAACAAACGUUAAAACACCAAUAGGAACAGUAAACAGCAAAAACUUGUUUGAGGCCAUGGCUCAGAAAGCAAGUAUAAAAAUGUUGUGCUUGGGUGAUACAGAAAUUAUUUUUUAUUCUUUUGGAUAAGAUCUGAUUGCAGAAGAAGUUAAUUGUUUUUUAAGCAGUCCAAAAAUAUGAAGCAAAGGCAAAUAACCUCUAGAACUAUGUGCCCAAAGAACGUAUUUCUUGACCUUUACUGUAUGCCAUCAACCUUUGUUAUUUGUAAAAUAACAACCGUGUUGGUUAUGUUAGGCUGGCUUGGCCUUCCAGCCUGUAAAAAAAAAAAAAAAAUAGCCCUUUUAAAGUGAAGUAUUUAAACUAUUUAAAUAUUUUCUAAAAAAUAGUAAUAAUAAUAAUAAUAAAAGUCACUUAUUUUAUGCCUUCUUUGUAGAACUGAAGCGUUGAUGCUUUCAACCACUCAGAUUUUAUUUUAUUUCCCCAAAAGUGGGGAGCGGAUGACAGCUGAGUUCCACGUCAGGUGCAGCUGUGCGCAUUGCAGCCGUUGUGCUCCUGCCUGGCACUGUGAGUCGGGGGCUCUGCACGGUUCUGUGCACCCUCUCAGUCUGCAGGAAACGUUUUGUGUUGCUUCGGAACACCUCAGAAGUGAAUUCAAGGGCUCGUUGUAUUGGGGUUUGGUUCGUCGGGGUUCUUUUGUUAAGUUUUUAGGUAAAGUCUCAAAACGGACUGAACUUUUCUGAAGGGGUAAAGCCAAGGCAAGCAAAGUAUUGACCAAGAAGACAUUUUUCUGCCUUAAAGGGGCACCAGCUGUCGCUGAGAGCAGACAAUCUGAGCCUGUCACGUUGUUCCCGUUGCCCAGCCUUCCCCAUUUCGGUGGCAAGUUGUACAUCAGGGAAUCCAAAGCCACUACCAGUAGCAGUCGCUGAGUUGUUUACCUGACGAUGCUUUCAGUUUCACCUGAACUUGCUCCAGAACCGGUGUCGUACGGCAAAGCAAGCAGCCUCUAUGCAGACACUUGAGCUUCUGAAUGGAUACAAGAGAUCACUCUUAGAAAGCGACGCGUUAUGGACUCUUAUUAUGCAAACUUUAAUUUAGAAACAAACAAAAUCCCGCGCAACUUUUCAGGAACAGAAGGAUUCGUGAUUAAUAAGGCGCCCUACUGAAAGGAUUGUUGGAACUGUGAUGGGUUUAACGUGAAAGGAACCAAAGUAUUACGCCACAAAGAGAAAUCAAAAUGCAUCCUUCAGUCCCGCACGCGUGGAAUCAAAUCCAUGCUGCGAGGAAAUCUCUGGGGCAGAAAUGUCACUUUGGGACGGUCUCAGUCACAAGUGCGAUUCGACUCUUCUAAAUACAAAGGAGACAAUUUGGCAAGAACGGAAUCUUGUGAGUUUGCGACCAAGCUCACCCUGUUCAUAAGGUUCUGUUGAUCCGAAAGCAAAAUGCAAACUCGUGCUCCUCCGGCAGCACAGGAAGGGAGAGCAGAGACGGGCUGGAAGCUGCUGGAAGAGCGGGCUGCAGCACUGCGGGUCUGCGUGCCUGUGGGCAUGGAUGGAGCUGCCUCCAUGUCGUGUGUGAGAUGUCAGCUACAAGCAGAGCGUUGUUCCUGGAGCUUCUACUGUCCCCUGGUUCUGACUGUAAAUAACAAAGGAAGCUGAAAAUCAAUUUUCCUAGCAAAAAUGAAUUUGCAGUGGCUGGGUUGUUUCUAGACAGAUUUUGGUAUUAAUUUAAGAGAUACACUUUUUAUAGUCUUUCCGACUUCUCGUUAUGACUCCUGCAGUUUUCUUAACCUAAAAACAUUGCUGCAAUGAUGAACAAAGAAUUAUACAAGAAAAAGAAAAAACAUACUUUUGUAUCUUUAUUUUGGAAUUUCUUGUUCUAUUAUAAAUAUUGAAGUAUCCCUAUUUCAGAAGACGUAUUUUGUUAAUUGAUUGUACAUAUUUAAAUAUGUAUUUUUGCACAGGUCUUUUUUUCUGAUAUCCAGUUUUGGUACAAUUGAGAUCAUCUAGUAUUUAUUUAUUAAUUAAUUAAAAAAAAAAAGGCAAAAAAAAAAAAAAGAAGAAAAAGCAAAUACCUUUUCUGUUAUAUAUAUAUAUAUAUAUGUGUGUGUGUAUAUAUAUAUAUAAUUUGAAGUGGUUCACUGCCAAGCCAAUAGCAACAUGCCUACUUUGCAACUCAAGGGGUGCCUCCACGUGCCUGGAGCCACAUCCCUGCCACGUCCCUCGCUCCGGCGUUGCUUCUCGGUUGCCUGACUCCAGAGGACUCCGUUUAGUGACACACUGCUUUCCUUGCUUCGCGUUGGUGUGUGCGUCCGUGUGGGUCUCACGUGGUUUCAAACUAAAGGAAAAACUGAAAGUGCCUGAUAUAACUCGAUCUGAGCUCGGACUGCUGAGACAGCUUCUCCUUAAAUGACUUGAAUGUUCAGUUGAAAUCUCGGAGCUUGCUUUUUCCACCUAUAUAUAAUAGAUGUGUGUGUGUAUAUGUGUGUGUACAUAUAUAUACAUACACGUUUAUAUAUAUAUAUAUUUUCUGAAGUUGUUGAGAUGGAUUGAUGGCAGAAAAGCAAACAGUGCUGGUGACUUUUGUGCGAUGUUUCCAUUGGAGUACCUUGUGCUGGAACAAUCCCAUUAGUAGUGCAGAGCGGGAGUAGCGCCAAGAGUUCGGAGCGUGGGCUUCCUUUAACCAGCAGUGGAUUGAGCUGUGUCGUUUGGGGCAGGAAGGGGAUGGGGGAUUAUUCAUCCAUAAGUGAAACAACUUAGGAAAUGUUCCCAAAAGUCCAUAUUCCGGGAAAGGAAAACAAAAACCCAGUAAGUACCUCUCGACACCACUCAGAAAUAAAGAUGUGAUUUCCAAAUGACAUUUCUAAGGCAGUUUGUCUUCCUGUAAGAGUUCUCUUGCCAAGGAAUCUCUCUUAUCUCUCACUCAUUCUGUCCCGGAGGAGGGAAUUGGGCUUGGAAAGAUUCUUCACGUUUCGCUGUUGAGCAGAAAAUAAUCAUUUUUACAUUUUGUGCGAGAUAUUUUACGUUUUAAAGAUGAUAAUUUGAAAAAUGAGCACUACGUAAUGUCAGUGUGAAUGUAGGCCUUGAAAGCGUCUUGCUCGGUGUUGAGCCUGGUUCUAAAAGCAAUCUCCUGUGUACAAUGUGUGAAUAGUUUGAUAAUUUGUAUACAUAAUCAAGAGCAUCUGAUCAGCUGAACUCCGUGUUGGCUGCUGUAUAGUACAUGAACAAAUGUCAUGGGAUAGAAAAAUUACUUUGGAUAUUUAAAAGAAAAAUAAAUAUAUAGUCUAUUUGUUUUGUAACAAGUUUCUGUAAAUAAAAUAAUUUAUACUAUUUAUAAGAAAAAGUUGUGCUUUGCUUCAUGACAAAGAUUAGUUUGUUGAACAAACAUGUUACUAAACAAGGCAAUAAAAUUAGGACUUUUCAAUAAAUGAGGUUGGU